CUCCUCCCACUCUGGAGGCUGUUUACGACGACAGAGCUGCUCCUCUCUGGACAAAAACAACGGCUGGGACUCACAAUCGAGGGGAGCAGUGUGUUUGAUGUCCUUCAACACAGGCUCUUUCUCCAGAGUUACACCUUUUUACAAGUACAGGCAGGAUGUUUCUCCAUCUGCACGUUGUUCUCCUGUGUGCAGCCUUUGUGGACAGCAGCGUGGCAAACACUGACCAAAAAGAUUGCAUUAGAUCCAAUGGAGUGGACUACAGGGGGGACAAACAGAGCUCCUCUUCAGGCCUGACUUGUUUAAUCUGGACCAACACUUCUACACAGUAUGAUUCACAGACAGGUGUGGGAGAUCACAAUUACUGCCGAAACCCAGACUCCUCCGAGAGGCCUUGGUGCUACAUUACAGGUCCGGAUGGGACGGUCCAGAAAGAGUUUUGUUCCAUUGAGGCAUGCCAAGAGCUCACCUCCACCCAGGCAGCCAAGGUGGAAUCGGCCUACCCAACAGCAGCAGCGACCCGUUCCACAGACUCCUCUUCUGGAGAAGCUGCCGCCGUGCAGCCAGUGAUGGGAAUCAGCCAACGAGUGCGCACCGGACCCAAAAAGAAAAAGGAUAUGGGCCCGCUUGGCUACGCCCUCGGCAUCGUCAUGAUGGCCGUCAUAAUCGUUCUGGGGGCGGGCAUUACCUUCGGAUACUUCUAUAAAAGGGGCCGGGAUCUGAAGAAGCAGCAUGAGCAGCGAGUGUACGAGCGAGAGAUGCAGAGGAUCACCCUCCCCCUGUCGGCCUUCUCCAACCCCACGUGCGAGCUGGUCGACGAAAACACUAUCGUGGUCACCGCCACGCACGAGACCACCCCGGUGCAGGAGGAAGUGGACGGCGGGGACCCCCUCAUUGGCCAGCAGGCAGGCACACCUGGAGCGUGAGUGGGUGUGUCGUCCCCGAUCAAUCAGGACUUAAUGAAUUAUAUGUUCUAGUGGACCAAAACAAUCCUCGUGUUUCUCCAGCUUGGGAAACAGAUUGAUCCAAAGAUGAAAGCUGAGUCAUUUUUGCUCCAAGCAAGCUUAUGUGAGACAGACGAGGACAUAUUUGACAGGCGUAUUUCUAUUUUGAUAGUAAGCUAACGGCCUGCCCUCUUUAUUAUGAGUAAGGAUACUUUAUAUGAUCAUGAUGAGCAUGAUGUGCAUUGACCCACUGGCUGUGCCGAGGGAGAAUUAUGUAUAUAUUUGUAUAUAUAUAUAUAUAUAAAUAUAAAGAAUGCUUUGUCACGGACGCACAGUGUGUAAAAAUUCAUCUUCCGCGGAGGCAGGAUGAGCAGAAGACAAAGGAUGACAUCCCAGAAAUGCCUUAUUAGCAUGAUACUUGUGAAUGUACUUUUUGUUUUGCCACUUUUGACAAGAGUCAGAGAGAGAGGUCCUUUAGUUCCACAGGUUAAGGAGUGACAGGAAAUGUGUUUCUCUCAGGAAAGCAUGAGAGGCAGUAGUUAGUCCUCGGGAUGACAUAAUAUACUGCCGUAGCAGCACAGCAGGCGCCGGCGAACAGGAAGUCCUGCUUUUGUCCGCGCGUGACGGAGGCUGGUGCUGACGUUACACACACACACACACACACACACACACACACACAUUUGACUUAUUCUGGUUUGGAAGAAGCUGGUGUGAAACAUGAAUGCAUGAACCUAGUGUAUUAGUGUUUGCAUCCAUAGAUCCAGUCUGCUGCCAUGUUCAGCGUCACUCCACAUUAUUUUUGGAUCCACGUCACUGGAGUCUUUCAAUACUGCUGUUCGAUUGUUUUGUGUGUGCUGACUUAUUUUUUCCACAUACAUUCAAUAUGCUUUUGUAUUCAGUGCUUGUUCAUAUGAGUGUUAGUUUUUCAGUGAGACUGAAAUAAAAGCAAACAUGGAAACGAAAACAUGUUUAAUUGUAUU